CGACCAGCACCCGUGAGGGCCACACUGACAGGUGCACGUUGGCAAAUGAUUAGAACUACACAACACAAGCAUAGAAAAAUGGCCCAUUGGAAGGGAAAACGGCUUGAAGAAGCCCAAAACAGUCCGUCAUUAUCGAGCACUGACCUUGAAAGAAUGAGGAAAGAAGUCGAGGCGGUUGGAAUAUUGCUGAAAACGCUGCUGACGAGGGCAGACAUGCUGGAUCCUGAGCAGGUGGACAUCUUCGUGGAGAGAGUCAUGGGUCUUCUACUAAUGAAGUACAAGGGUCACUGGUACCCCGAUAACCCUACAAAAGGUCAAGCGUUUAGGUGUAUUCGUGUUAAUGGUCACCAGAGCGUGGAUCCUGAGCUGCUGUCGGCCUGCCUGGAGACGGGGGUGCAGUACUGCUACCUGGGCCUGCCUCCAGAACUCACCGUCUGGGUCGACCCGGGAGAAGUCAGCUGCAGGUACAGCGAGGACACUCCACCUUUUACCCUCGCAAGGUUCAUUGGCGACGCUCAGGAUGUCGACAAUGACGACGUCUUGCUGAGAGUGAGAAGUGCCCUGGAAAAAGUGUCCGACGACGGUGGUGGUCCUCCCUGUGUGUUCUCCCAUGCCGCCGCUGAAUACGACCACGGGCUGGCCACCCCUCCCUCGGAGCCGGACAGCGAUUACUGCACCGCCUCCUCAGAGAGCCUCUCCAGCGUCUCCUCCUCGCCAGAGCACCAGAGCUCAGCGUCAGCCUCGUCGCCACAAGACAGACCUGCCGCUGCCGCUGCUGCUGCCACGCCGUUCCAAAACAGGACCCCUCCUUUACAGGUGAUGUACCCGGCUCUACCGCCACCACCACAGCCUCUGCUGCCAAUGCCCUGGGGAGCCGUGCCCGCCGUGAGGGCACCAGUUGAGGCACGGCCCUGUCUCAUGCUGGAUCCCCGGGGGAGGCCCAUGCCUCCUGCAGUCAGGCCCCACAAUUGGUCCUCCAGACCGGCCUGCCUCAGCCACCACAGCCCCAUGUGGCACUUCCCCCCCGGCGCAGACACACCGUGCCAUGGAAGUGUCAGAGGAGCGUGGCCCUUGGCUGGGAAAUGAAGGAGUGGACUUGACAGUCGGCUACUGGAGUAGUUUACCACCACAUUUUCAAGAAAUGUCUGACCACAGUGCAUUGUAGUUUUACAGUGUCUAUGUGCACUUCCGCUUGCGGAUGGCAUCUCAAAUGUGGUGUGUCCCGACUUGAAUUACAUUUCAUUGCUCAAUUCAACAUCACAUUUCUUUGUGUGUAUGUUUUUCUUUGCACUUUUCUGGAUGUGUCGCUUCACUGAUGGUGCCUUAUCAUGGUGCGGCGACUUUAUUAUUUAUUUAUAAAUAGAUUAAAUGUAUUUAAUUAGUGGGUUCAGCAUAACAUAAGACAUUCAUCUGUUUAUUCCUUAAAUGCUGUUUGUCACAGGAUGAUUCAAUGCUAAUAACUGAACAUGCACAGAAACCUGGUGGUGGUCAUAGCCUCACAUUUUCUUUAUGAUUAACCACUUAUAGAAAACUAGGCACUGAUAAAAAAAAAGUUAAAGAAGUGAUGUGCUUUGUAGAUAAUUACAAAGAUUCCCUCCCAAUAAACUAAGCAAACACA